AUGGAUGGCGGUAACGCGACCGGUAGGACCUACGUAUCGAUGAGCAUGGCCCCAACGAACAUGCCACCGCCCUUAACGUCGAUCCCUACUACCAGUGGAGCAGGAGGAUCGGCGGCAGGUGGCAGCAGGAUCGUCAUGAAACCGAUGCCGCAGCAGCAAACUUCGCAGCAAUCAGCAGUCCUUCGGCGACGAUUUUCAACCAACGACAAGCUGACUGUUGUAGCAAUGCGAAAACCUGCUCCACCGAUGAUUACCAUCUCCAGCACUGCGCCACCGUUGGCUUCGUUCAGUAGUGCCAGUAACAGCAGCAUCAGGGCAUCGCUGCCACCUCCGCCAGCAUCGUUGGCAUCGUCACCAUCCGGAUCGGUUGUACUGAGCCGGAAUAAUAAAACCAUCGUCCAGCACCCUACCACCGGUCGCAAUCCCAUCCAUCCGAAGCCAACGACGGUGGGCAGUUCAAUAUCGCAACCGAAGGUGGAAAUUGCCAAAAUAGAUGCACUACCCCCUGCGCCGCCAGUGCAAGAAAUUGUCAUAGGUCGGAAGGAGGUAAUGUAUCCGAACGCGAUUACCCAAGAGGAGUUUCAGCAACAUCAGCAUCAGCAGGCGCAGAAUAUGGGACGAUACAAUCCCAUGCAAACCAAGGUAGCAGCGCUGCCGCACAAAACGGUCGCGGAAGAAAAGGGAUGCGACAUGGCGUACCUCUCACUCGCUAGCGGCGCCUUGAUUGUCAAAAUCAUCUCGCAUCACGGCGCACAGCAGCAACAACAGCAACAACAGCAACAGCAGCAACAGCAACAACAACAGCAACAGCAGUCUUUUAUUCCUUUAAAUCCGGGCCCAGUUCAUCAGCAUGUGCUUCCGUUUGGGACGACGAUCAAAGUGACGGCAACAAGCUUCGAACACCAGCAGCAGCAGCAUCAAGUAUUGACACCGGUAACGGUAGCUGGCGGCAGCUCGGUGAUUGUGUCAAAGGCUGAACAAUUACAGCAACCAUCACCAUCCUGCCAGUCACCAAUUGUCCAACCUCUCGUCGUUCAGCAGUCGGUUAUAACAAACGCAGGGAAUAAACCACUCCAGACGGUCAAGGCCGCGUCGGUGGCUUCGUUGAAUCGUACGUCCGUAGUGACUCCGACUGGUCCCUUAGCCAGCAGCAGCAUUCCACCAUUGUACGUACCAGCGGCCAAUACGAAAUCAACGGUCAUUGUUGGAAAUAGCCUGCAGACGACAACACUUGGGCAACAUCCGGUUGCAGACAAACGGGUACUGACGACCGCUAGCGGAGGACAAACACAGAAACGGAUCAUUGUGACAACGGCACCAAACAAUAGCAAUGUUAUACAGCAGCUAAAGCAGCACCGGAGUAUUACGAACAAACCCUUUAACCUUCCACCGGUUCCGAAACUUGCGCCAUUCCUAACAACGGAGCUGCAACCUCCGCCGCGACUUGCUCCAGCGGUUGUAGAAUCAACUAUGAUGAACGCCGGCAGUGAAAGCCCGCCGAUGUUGGUUGAAGCCACCAGUACCACUGCCUCGGAGGAGGCCGAAACAAUGCUGCAACAGCAUGAAGCUGGCUACAACAGCGGAGCAGAACAGAUUGAGGAGGAAGCUUUGAAAGAAGAAGUCGAGAUGCUGGAGGAGCGCAUAAGAGAGGAAGAAGAAACAAGUGCACAAUUAGACGAGCAGGAGGAGGAGGAGGAGCAUCAAGACGAUGGUAUCGAAAUGCUCGACUCUUCGUUCGACACCAACGGUGGAAACGAACCACAAUCGACCACCAGUACGCCGGAGAAGGAAGACUCCGGUAUGGCGGUGCACAUGGAUGCAAGUCGGCUUGAAGUCACUCCUAAAAAGACCCCAGCAGACGUCGGUGCUCGUGCUGUCGUUCCGAACGGUAGCCAGAUAAGUCCACGACUUCAAAAACGAUCCCUUUCCGAGCUUCAGCGACGGGAAGGAGUCAACGUUCGGAAACGUUCGGAGUCGGUGCACGUUCGUUUGUCUUCAGUGCACGGUGAAGUAGUCUUUGAGCCGUUCAAAAAUAUGAGCAUGGCCACCAAGCUGCCUUUCACGAAAGUAGCUGCGGACGAGGAGCGGAAGAUAAAGAGAUCGCCGCUGAAAGAUGCCACCAAUGAACCGGCCUCGGAAGAUAGUAACGCCAACGGUGGUACACCCAAGGGAGAGAGCGUUUUGAUGGAGCAGGAAAAGAAUGAGCCAACGGCGGUGGCAGCGCCACAACAGCAGCAGGACAACAUUCUGCUCUUGUGUGAUGAAAAGUUCGACGUGGUGGCAUCAUCGGUGAUGGCGGGUUUAGGGGAGAUGCAGCCGGUGCUGCCGACGCAAAGACGGACAUCCCGGAGGCUCGACUCUAUUCGGCGGGGGCUUGCAGUGCCCGAAACUGAUGCCAAUCCUACGAUUCAACUAGAUCUAGACGAACUAGCUGCGAUCGGCCUUGGGUUUGGCGAUCCGGAGCGUGGAGGAAGCGACGAGAACGUAUCCUUGGCCCGGCAGCAGCGGCGGCAAACGGCCAAGAUGGAUGAAAACAACAUUGAUUUUGCGACACGCGUUCGCUCGAACUCGACGUCGUCCGAGAGCAGCAUGGCUGUGAAGCAGUUUGGCGGCCGCAAAAGCCUUCCGGAAUCGGUCGGACCCAGUGGUGGUGCUGCGGCUAAGAAAGGUUCAAAAAAAUCAACAUCCGCCGGUCAAAGUCGGCCUGCUCGCCAGGCAAGCAUCCGGACGUCGAUUGCCGGCGGUGAACCGGUUUCGGAGUCGUCGUUCAGCGUUGCGGACGAUAAAGACAGUACAGCGGGUGGGCCGGGUGGUUCGGAUAUAUCGACCGUGUCGGACCAUCUCCGGUGGCACGAUGGCAUCGGCUACCUGGACGAUAGUCGGCUGCACUUCGAGUUCAACGAGUUCGGGAUGGUGCAACCGAUGACGGUUGGGCAGUACGAGCGUCACUGCCGGACCGAUGUGUAUGCGUCGUUGACCCUUCCGAUCAAACAACGUCCGAAGAUGAAACCGAUUCCCGGUGGACGCAAGCGGACCGCAAAGGCUCCCGAUUUUCGAUACAGCUACCACUGCCUACAGUGCCUGUCGCGGGGCAGUGCGGCGGAGUUCGCGACACCCGAGUACUGUAGCAUCGAGUGUGUGAAGAAAUCGGGCAAGGUGGCCGUGUACAAGUACAUCCUACACUCAACACACGCGCUCCAGAACAGUGCAGCGCAAUUGGCCCUGUUGAAGGCGGAGCAAGGAAAGAAAAAGGAGAAACACGAUGAUGUCCCACCCGCGAAGAAGAAAGUCAAACGGGAGGAAAAAUUGGCUUCGGAAAUGACGACCGCGGCGGCGGUCAAGCAACGCACGGUGACCCCGUCAACAACGACCACAACUACCACAAACAACACGAGCGACGAAGACUCGCAGAGUUCGCUAAGUCUCAACUCGAACGCAUUCAUUGGACGGCAGCAUUUCUUACCGUUGCCGACGACGUCAUCACCAGUUGCGGCCUGUGACGAUCUGGUAGGGCCGGCCAGAACCACCUCGACAGCCGAUGACCAACAGCCUCCCGCCGUCACCGACGAUCCAUCGAUGAUCGAUGCGGACGCAGGUGAUUUCAACUGGGAAAAAUAUCUGCAACAGAUUAACGCAGUAGCCGCACCGGCUGAACUGUUCGGUCGCCAUGCCUACCCGUCUACGCAGAACAAGUUCCGACCGGGCAUGAAGCUGGAGGCGAUCGAUCCGGAAAAUUGCUCAUUGUUUUGUGUGUGCACCGUGGCGGAAGUGCGUGGCUACCGGAUCAAGCUGCACUUUGACGGUUACCCGGCGGACUACGAUUUCUGGGUGAACGCCGACUCGCCGGACAUCUUUCCGCCGGGCUGGUGUCGAUCAACGAACCGCGUGCUGCAACCACCGAGCGACUAUACCGCGUCAGGCUCGGAGGUGUUUCGCUGGAAGGACUACCUACUGCAGACGGGUGCCACCGUGCCCGAUCGUCGCUGGUUCCAACAUAUCAACAAGACAUGCGUUAAAAAUAAGUUCGAAAUCGGUAUGGUCCUCGAGGCGGACGAUCUGAAAAAGUCCGGUAAGGUGUGCGUCGCAACGGUUGCGGACAAGAUGGGCGACCGGAUACUGGUGCACUUUGAUGGGUGGAACGAGCGGCACGACUACUGGGUUAGCAUUCAAUCGCCCUACAUCCACCCGGUCGAUUGGCAUAUCGAAAAUACGGAAAAAAUUACCCCACCGCCCGACUGGCAUAAACCGUUCAGCUGGGAACGGUACCUUCGGUACAAGCGACACCGGAACCCCGAUAAGCAACGGUCGAUUGUGGCGGCGUCCAAGGAAUUGUUUCAAACGCGUCCCCCGAUCGCCUUCCAACCGGGUCAGCGGCUGGAGGUGGUCGAUCGCAAGCAGCAGAUACGGAUCCGCCCAGCGACGGUCGUUGCCAUCGACGGGUACGAGUUGUCGGUGUGCUUCGACGGGUGGCCACAGAGCUAUGCCGUCUGGAUCGAGGACGACAGCCCGAACAUUCACCCGGUUAACUGGUGCGCCCGGACGCGGCAUCCACUGGAACCACCGCCAAAUUUUGUCAACGAAGCCGAAGUAUGUGAUGGAACGUGCGAGAUUCGUUUCUGCAUGGGCCGAGGGAACGCCAAGUUUCCGAACAAGAAGUACCACGAUCGCCAGGUCGAGUGUCCGUACAAGCGAAGCAACUGGAUGAGCGAAUUCCGUAAAACGCUCCGUAUAAGCCAUAAUCAAGUACAAAAGCACAUUACAGAAUUAUUCGCCGGAUGCGUUUACGGAUCCGUAGACCAGCACAGUAGCAAUAAUGCCCAAGCCAAAGCCAAGGGUGCAACGACAUCGGCAUCCCAAGCGAGAUCCGAAUCGCCACGGCCUGGCAAGCAACAGCCGGACGAAACAACAAACAACCCCCCCGUCAAGCGAUCGAGCAGUGGACCAUCAGCUGGAAACGAUGGUGUUGUGCCAUUGUCCAAGCGUGUGAAACAGGAGGCGGCUGAUCCGUCCGACCUUAUGCCCCAUGGCCGACCCGUUGCGAUGAAAAAAGGCUCCUCAAAGGAUGCCGCCAGUCGCAGUGGGGGACCAUCAACGAAGGAAUCGACAAAAGUCAAAGAUUCCACCUCAACAACCACCUCCAGCGCUCCAGCUGCCGGCUUUACACCACCGGAAACCAAUCUACGCAUCGCGCUGCCCGUCCUUGAGGGCUAUGGGCCACGGUUGCUCCACGCGUACGAGGUGUGGCGCCGGAAUUCCUACUUCCUUGACGAGUGUACCGAGCGUGAGAACGGUGGUGGUGUGUCUCGUUUGAAAAACCCACUCCACUGGACGACGGAUGAGACGGCACGGUACAUCCAGCAGCUGCCCGGAUGCGACGAGUGCGCCACCAAGAUUCGGCUCGAGGAAAUCACCGGAAAGACGUUGCUCAGCUUCACGCAGGACGAUCUGGUGAAGUACAUGGGUGUUAAGAUCGGACCGGCCAUAAAGGUGUACAACCGGAUCAUCCACCUGCGCCAAAUCGUAACGAACAAGUUCUUGCAGCUCAGUUAGGAAGCUGAACAGAAGGCGAGGCUCCCCCUUCCCCCAUUAUUAGUUGGAAUCUUUGGUAAUUUGUAGAAUUCGGUCGGCCGGAGUCUGUUUUUAAUCUUUAUUCUACCCAUCUAAUCCAACCCUCAGCAAUAGUAAAAAUAGUGAGAUUUAUUGGUUUAAAUUCCUUCACGUUUAAGAGCCCCUAUUGAUACAGAUGUUAUUUACCGAAUUACCGAAUUUAGAGUUAAGUCCCACUGGAAACAUUGGAUUAUUGUGUUACUCUAUUUGCCCUCCAGCUGCGCGUUGAGUGAGGGACGGGGUUAGGAAAUUUUCUACAAAAAUAAUGAAUAUCCUCCUAUGUAUCGUCUUUCAUCGUGUUUUAGAAUACUAGGUUAAGUUUUUUUUUUAGGUGCGUUUUAUGUCAAGUAUAGAGCUACGUGUGGUGGUACCAUCUUAUCAACACAUCUUAUCAAAUGCUCAUAUGAAAUAGUCUGAAAACUGGAAGCAAAAACCUGUGCGCGAUACGAAGAAUGAAUCGCGCUUCGAAUCGGUGUAAUAGGAGGAAGAAUGUACAAUAAUAGUUAUCUGUUUUUCGUAUAGCAUGUAUAUAAUACCUAACUAUGUUAGUGCACCUUGAAUUUUACAAUCACGCUUUAUGCUUUCGAAAUUGUAUAAUAGUGUAGACUUCCAAUAAAGAAUCCAUAAGUGUAAUUCUCAUA